AUGGCGCCAGGAUCGCAAGGACAAGGGGCUUGUGAAUUCCCGGACCAUGCCUCAGAGUCACGGCACUUGGAUUAUGACUGCGACGAGCACUCACUCGCCCCACAAUCUCUCUCUCUCUCUAAUGUCGGUACAGCAGGGUACGGAUGCCACCACCUGACGCCGAGCGAGUCCCUCGAGUUCCUGACCAGCAGCCCGGCCGAGUUCCAGUUUCCGCCGUACGCGGAAGCCCCAGCGGCGGACGCGCACGAAACGCCCGCGCAGCACGCCGCGCGCGGUCCCGACCGCCUGCGUUGCCAGCAAUGCGGCGAGGUGUUCCAGCGCCGCCAGGACCUGUCGGCGCACCAGCGCUUGCGGCACCCCUCUGGCAACAACGGCGGCGGCGGCGAUCGCUUCGAGUGCAGCUUCUGCGGAGCCAAGUUUUCGCAGCGGGGCCACCUGAGCAAGCACCGACUAACGCAUACGGGCGAGCGACCGUACGCCUGCCCCAUCUGCCAGCGCCGGUUCACCCAGAAGACGCACAUGGUCGAGCACAUCCGCAUACACACGGGAGAGAGGCCGUACAGGUGCGACGAGUGCCAGGCGACGUUCACUCAGAAGACGCACCUGGUGGGCCACCAGAGAACGCACACCGGCGAGCGGCCCUUCAAGUGUACCGGCUGCGGCAAGGCCUUCUCGACCAGCAGCUCCCUCAGCAGGCACCGCCUGGUCGCCCGCUGCAACCAGCGGGCCGAGCAGGAACCGAAGUGACCGGCCCCUGGGAGCACGCGCACUCCCGUUGCAAUGUGCGGCGCGCGCUCACAGCUGCUAGCGCCACCUGUGCACGUGUGUUUGCAUAACCGUGGUGUACGCGCUCUUCGCGAAGUGCUCGCUUUCCUGGUCAGUACGCGGGACGUCCCGUUGGAUGAAGCCGGUCGAGCACCCAACGAGAAAGCGGUUCACGCGGAUUCUAGAACGUGCUCGUAUUUCGUGGCUCGCCGACGCAGCUACGCCAAAAGUCACUUUGAACAGCACCGCAGUGGUUGACCGUGAGGAACGUGGUCUUCACGUUGAUGCUUUUUCUCUGUCAUGUUUAAGCUCACCGCAUUUCUUGUGUUAAUAGGGUCCCUUGUGACGCAAGGGACAACAGCGCACUGUGUGCAGAAUGGAGAAUGCGUGGACUUCUAGGGUAGGCUCGUUAGUGUCGUGAAUCGUCGACGUCGCUACGACAACCGUCACCACGAAAAGCAGUUUGGCUGACUCUGAGAAAAAUCAGUCGGCCAAUCAAUCUUCGUGGUGAUGAGAUUUUUUUUUACUACUGCCCCCUUCACCUGCUCUGUACCUCUUGCUGUAUACAACUUGUAUAGUGACGCAAGCAUAUUGUCUGCACAACGCAUAAUGAGUUGGAUGCCUUGGGACAGAUAGACUUGCUGUCACUUUUGGGCUUCGUGUGACCCGCGUCUGUUGAACACUGCGAAAAUCGGGGGUUGAUGCGACAAACGCUGCUAUAUCCCUUGAUUUCACGGCCUCAUGACCGCGAUUAAUUUUCCCCGCCGCUUGUGUUUUCCAAGCCGUGGAUUUUUUAAAAUGAAGAGUCUGUAUCGUGCUGCCUUGUGAAACGCGUAUGUCGAGGCCUUGACUGGAAAGCGUUUAUAGGGUGUACCUUAAUUGAGACGUGAGGCCCCAGCAUAACUUUCUGCGACCAAUGCUCUACCAUCGCUGCUUGUGGUCACGAGAAUGACUUCACUGCGUCGCAAACAAGCCACGUCUUUCUCUUCUGCUCUUACAGCAGUGUACUGUAGCUAGACGUGUGUCGUCGCUUUGUGGAACGCAGGAAGCGUCAACUUGGAGAACUCAAAUUUGCUGCGAACAUUAGAAAUUUGUGCCUAGCGUGUGCUAAGCCCUGCAGCCACUGCACCGAAAAACAGCGUUGGCUGACAAGAGAUAACUUUAGAGCCGCUCCGAUAAUUCUCUGCCCUUGCAGAAACAAGUGCUUUUUCUAAAGAUACUGUGAAAAACUGCACAAUACUAUUUAUUGGAAUGCAGACAGUAGAAGGUGACAUGUUUUUGGGGCUCAGUUUGCAGCAAGUUCUAAGACGUGACCUUCGUGAUCACACUGAAAACUACAACUGUGGUGAAGUGCAGGGACCGGACCCUACGGCUUUCCUGCAAACUGCUUAAGUUUGUUGCCGUGAACGAAACCAUUCUCCCAGUAUUUUCGACAAUGUCUCGUCACACAACCGCGUAACCACUGUAUACAGAUAGCAGACGGCAGUGUUUGUUGGGAAGGGGU